AUGGGGGCAAAAUACCAAAUUGCUGCGGUUCACGCCGCUCCUAUUUACAUGGACAAAGAGGCGACAACAGAAAAGAUCAUACAUUUGAUCGAAAAAGCAGCCCAGGAUUCCAUCGACUUCUUGGCUUUUUCAGAGGCAUUCUUGCCCGGAUACCCGUAUUUUGUCCAUAUAUUCGCACCAGUCCAACUCUUCCAGGCUGUCGCCGCCUAUGGGAACGAAAGCGUUACAGCGGAUGGACCCGAAAUCAAUCGCAUUAGAACAGCCUGCGAGAACCACCAAGUGGCUAUUAGUCUUGGCUUCUCAGAGCGUAUUUCGGGUGGUACUGCUCUUUUCAAUUCUCAGAUAUUUAUCGACAGCAGAGGGUCAGUAUUAGGAGUGCAUCGGAAGCUGCAACCAACUCUCGGUGAACGCAUUGUGUGGGCUCAGGGUGGUGGGAAGAGUUUAAGAGCAUUCUCGUCGCAUGACGGCUAUAUAAUUGGCGGGCUCUUGUGCUCAGAGAACUCUAUGAAUGGAGCGCGGCAAGCUUUGCUGGAGGACGGAGAACAGAUACAUGUUGGAGCUUGGCCGGCACUCUCAGCCAUUGCCGCACAUGCAGAAAUCGUGGAUCUCCAAACCGAAGCAGUGACAAAGGGGCACGCUGUGGGCGGCCAAGUAUUUACUAUCGCUGUCUCCGAUUUUGUCGAUGACCGGUGCUUGGACUGGAUUACAGAUAACUUGGGGCAUCCUGACCAGUUAAUUCCAGGAGGUGGAGGCGGCUGGUCUGCCAUUGUCCACCCCAACGCCACCUAUCUUGCUGGUCCUCAUACGGGACCGACCGAAUUGUUCGUUCAGUGUGAAAUCGAUUUGUCACAUAUCUCGAUUUGCAAAAUGCGGUUGGCCAUUACAAAAGACCUGAAGUCCUGA